AAUAAACGUGACAUGGAGAGUGUCACUGUUGUCGAAGAAGAACUGACAACUAUGAAGUACGUCAAUGCGACGCCCGAGUUUACAGUCGAAGAGAUAAACUCAUUUUUUUUCUACGAAACCAUACAGUUCACAGUCUUGUGGAUAUUGUUCUUGUCGAUUGUACUAGGCAACGGAGCCGUACUGGUAGCCCUAUCGUUCAAUAAAGCCCGCAAAAACCGAAUGAACUUUUUCAUCAUGCACCUGGCACUGGCUGACUUAUUGGUGGGACUAGUGAGCGUGAUGAUUGACAUGAUAUGGAGAACGACCGUCACCUGGUCAGCUGGUCCGAUUGCUUGCAAAGUCGUCAAGUACUUACAGGUGGUUGUCACGUAUUCGUCUACAUACGUCUUGGUCGCACUCAGCAUCGAUAGAUACGAUGCCAUCACGCACCCGAUGAAUUUUUCCAGUAGCUGGCGUCGGGCCAGAGCAUUGAUCGGAUGCGCUUGGAUUUUGAGUUUCGUUUUCGCCGUACCUAGUGUAUUUAUCAACGAAGAAACAAUAAUACAAGGUCGCACUCAAUGUUGGAUCGAAAUGUCACCAUGGCAGUGGAAAUUGUACAUAAGCAUAGUGGCUACAACAGUGUUCGUCGUGCCGGCAAUAAUCAUCAGCGGAUGUUACGCUAUUAUCGUGUACACGAUUUGGUCCAAAAGCAAACUCCUGUCACCUGCCAAAAACAACACGUUACAACGUGGCGCCAAAAAACCCGAAGAACACGACAUCAGAAGGUCCAGUUCACGGGGCAUCAUACCGAAAGCGAAAAUCAAGACCGUAAAAAUGACGUUUGUUAUUGUAUUUGUAUUCAUCCUGUGCUGGAGUCCGUACAUAGUGUUUGACCUGCUACAAGUGUACGGCUACAUACCAAAAACGCAAUCGAGCGUAGCACUCGCAACGUUCAUACAGAGUCUGGCGCCGUUGAAUUCCGCCGCCAACCCCAUCAUAUACUGCUUGUUCUCUACUCACAUUUGCAGAUCUCUAAGGCAAGUCCCGCCGUUCAGAUGGUUGUUGUGUUGCCGGAACGGAACACAAGAGCAACUGAGCUACACGGAAACACUAACAUCGUCUAAUCGACAGGUGAACACGUCUCUACUGCGAAACGCCACCGUGCAUGUGCACUCAGUGGUAAGGGCUCCCGUCUUGGACCGCAUGGGCAUUUCGACGGAGAAGAACAGCUAUGCCGAUUCGCUGCUUUAAAGACGGCCGGGACAGCGCGAUCCGCGCACCCCAUGCCGUAUUACUCUAAUACUAUUAUUAUUAUUUUAAUGAUUAAUAAUACAAUAUUUAUGAAUAUAUAAUAAGAACAUAUUAUUAUAAUAAUUAUUAUUAUUAAUAUUCUGCCCCCGUCCCUUUGUGCAAACGCGUUAUUAUUAUAAGCUAUACAACCAUCAUAAUAAUAUGAUAAUAUACAUUUCUAUAAUUAUUAAAACAUUAUUA